AUGUGCAAAGGGAGGCCUGCAUUGCAGAGUCGGCGGUCCGAAUUCUUAGAAUCGAAUGCUGCCUUGUGCCUCAUCGAUCAAUGCCAAGAAGACGUCUUGCUCCCCCACCAUGAGUUCUGUGAGGAUCUGGCAGAGUGGAGUAUUGGUCAAUCUGUCGAGUCGCUACACCCAGGGACUGGAGAGUUCCUCUGCGACUCCCUUGCCAAGCUGCCACAGCUCUUCACCCAAAACGAGUGCAGGAAAAUCGUCAGGUUUUCCGAGAAGCUGGCAAUGGCACCCAUGGAUGUGGCCUGUUUCAGGGGCACCCGCCGCUACCAGCGCGUAGUCGUGCGCGACGAGACCUUGGCAAGGAAGCUCUGGGAGCGAGCGGAGCCCUACGUGCGCGAGGCACUCGAAGGCCAGAGCCUGAGACCUCUUGGCUUCGGCUGUGCGCAGGGUGACUGGGAGCUCGAGGGCCUGAACGACUGUUUUCGUGUGAAUUCCUAUGGGCCAGGGGGAUUCCUGAAGCCGCACCGCGAUGCGCCCUUCGCCCAGCAUUCUAAUUUGAGGAGCUUAUGCACACUGCUCAUUCCUCUGGACUCCGUGGGAAGGACGCGCUUCUUCCAUCCUGUGCAGCCUUUGGAUUUUCGAGGCAUGACCCUGAACGAAGAGCUUGAGGCAAGAGGUGGAUUGGCUGCCGGCUUUGAGGCUCUGGACGUUCGUCUCUCAGCUGGUCGUGGCUUGCUCUUUGGUCAGAGCCUGCUCCAUGAGGGCAUCCCGGCAGAGGGCUUGGAGCGAAAGAUCCUUCUUCGAACCGACGUGCUUGUAAGAAGAAGGCUCCCCAUUCCUACAGUGUUGCUCACAGACGCCGAGCGGAAGGACCAUGCUGCUGCGCUGCAAUGGUUCCGGGAGGCGCAGCACCGAGACCUGAAGGAGGAGCCCAGCAACGACCUCUACGAGCGGGCUUUGUCCUAUCGAUACUUCCAUCCAAGAGCUGACGCAGAGGCCUCGCUCGAGGCGCACCGAAGCACGUGCGCAGAGAGCCGUCUUUGGGAGGACCCUGGUCUUCCCUCCAACUCCUUGUUGGAGGAGCACAAAGAGUUCACCUUGCCCAAACUGGUUUUCAGAAAGGGUCCAGUCGCAGCUUUCCGGCUAUCCAAAACGUCAACCCACGCCGAAAGCAGACUGCCGUCGCGCCCGACCACAGCCAAGCACCUCCGUGCUUCAGCCAUGUACGCACUGCAUUUGCUGGGGCACCACGCCUACGGCCCGAAGCAGGGUGCCAUUUACACCGUCGAUUUCGAUCCGAAGAAUCAGCAGGCAAUUUGGUUCGGCUCAGUGUUAAUGAGGCUCAAGGCUUAG